AUGAGCACCAGUAGCAUUGACGGGAUGGAUGGGCUCAUCGGGGCCGCCACCGCGUUCUUACGGGCGAUGGGUGAUGAUCAGCGUGAGGGCUCAAUUGAGUGGAUGGAGCGGAGAAAGCAGGCUCUAUUUGAGGGAGAGACCAGAGAUGAAGAGAUGGGGGUGAGCGAGUUAUUGGAAAGGGUACACGAACGUCUUUCUGGUGUUGGCAAGGGAAUCGCCGUCGGAGCAACGAUGCCAACUGGGGUGGAUGCGAAGGGAGGCACGUACUGGUUUGGUAAGAGGCCUCUUCCUGGCUUGACGGAGGAAGAGGUGGACGCGGCGCUGCAGUGGCUGUCGGAGGAGGAGCGUCGGCAACUUGCAGAUGAGUUUGAUGCAUUGCGAAAUGAUGGGUUUGUGAUACUGCGUACGCGUCACGUAGACCCGGCACCUGUGGGUGAAACAGUAGUGAAACGGGAUUCAGAAACCCAUGAUGAGGACAAUGGGAGGAAUAGUGACAAUGCUGACAUUCCAAUGAGCCCUAAUAGGAGUGACGGUAAAAGCAUGUUUUUUGGAGGGAACCUGUUGGAGGUGAGCUACGACGAAGAGGCCUGGCCGUUAAGCACACGACGCGAGAUAUGUGCCAUGGCACCGGAAGGCCAGGAAAUGGAAAAAAAGGCUGCCGCCAGUUUUGAUAAACCAAACAUGUACAGUAGGGAUGCCGCUGCGCCCAAAACUGUUUUUUCAUCGGAUUCACUUGAAUGUGCCACGCCCUCCUAUGAGAAGGAACAGAGUGACUACAUUCGCGAUAAGGUUCGUAUGAUGUUACUUGCGAAUCGUGUGGCAAAAGAUGUUGAGCGCAACAUUGUUGACGCCGCAUUGGGUGUGGCUCAGGAAUGGAGGAAAGAGCGAGAACGCAGGUUAGAGUUGCUUUUGGAACGACAGACGGAGGCCUUGCGGGACGCGGUUCGGGUGAUGGAGUCACUGAAGACCUUACAUCGUAGGGCGAUGGGCGAGUACGUGGAGAACCCUUACCUCAUGCAGACGUGGCAGCGCAACGAGUCCGCUCAGGUAUGCCACAAGUGCCGACGUCCCUUUAAUUUGCUCGUUAUGCGGCAUCACUGCCGUCGCUGUGGCCUCAUUUUUUGUCAGCGUUGCUCUUCUUACGCCGGGAUGCUCCCUGACAAAAACGCCAAGCGGCAAGUGGCCUCUCAGUGGUUACGCUUGUGCCAAGACUGCUAUGAGAUCUGCUGCGAAUAUCAGAAAUGCGUGAGCACCUCAUUUGCUGUUCCAAGGGGUCGUUGCGAGCGAGAGAGCCGUGCCCCGGAAACCCCCUCCUCAAUUUUGCUUUCAAAGUAUCCAAAUGACGACGGUGUCCUCGAGGACAAAUUACCGCCCUUCUAUGUAGUGCUUCCUGAGGAGUGGUAUACGGUGAGGACGAUAACGGCGUCGGGGUGGCUGAACGUCAUCCGGAAUGUUCCGUAUAUGUUCUGUGAGAAUUUCCAGGACGGGGUCAGUUCCCUUUCUCGGAUGGCUCGCCCAGGCCUGGAACGUCUGCUGUCGUCCACGACGGAAUCCGUAAAACGUAUUACGGACGAAAAGUAG